AUGAAGGAAAAACAAGUCAUCUAUGUCGAGGAUUCCACUUUUACACUUCCAUGUAUCAAAAAUGUUGUUCUAGGCUUGGGUGAUCUUUGGGACUGCCAUGAUUCCAAAGACUCUGGUUUCAAUUUAUUUGCCAAAAAGUUCACCAAAGAUCAUUUGAUUUUUCAUCCAAUCAAGAAUCUUGAUUAUCGCUUAAUCCACAUAAAAAGUUUUCAAGAUAAACUUUCGACUAUCAAAGUUGAUGGUGCAAUUUCCAUCGAAUUUUUAUCUGGCAUCAUCAAAGUAGAAGGAACUGGUGAAUAUAAUGUUUCCUCUGGCAAAAAUUCUAGUGAAGAACAACUUAUUUGCCAGUAUCAUCUAGAUAAUUAUUCCAUCGAAUUACUUCCCUCCUCAAAGGACGUAAUGGAUGAAUCUGUCAAAAAUCAGCUUCUCAAUAACCAGAUCAAGGCAACGCAUGUCGUACAUAGCAUAAUCAUAGGGGCCGAAGUAAAAGCAGAUAUAAGAAUUAGACAAAUCGACACAACCAGAGACAAGACUAUCAAAGGCAGCUUUUUAGGAAGCAUUCCGUGUGGUUAUGUGAAUGUCUCUCUAAAGGCCAGUCUUGAGCUUUUAGAUGCGAAGAGCGACAGCAAUUUCGAAAAACGAAUUACUCUUCACUCAAAGCCGCAAAUGCCUCAACAACCGUCGACUAUAAGCCAAAUGUUUGACUUGAUAGAGAAAGUGGACACGCAGGUUUCGAAGGAACAACAUUUCAAAUUCUUUGACCCAAAUAUUACUGGUGUUCCGCUUCGGUUUGUGCUUGUGCCUAUCACCCAGUUUCUGGACAUAAAAGUUGAAAAACUUUAUAAACAGCUAAACGAUAACACCUUUAGCAAUUUCCGUACGAUGCUUGUGACGCUUGAAGAUUUUCGGACCCCUGAAUAUGUCAAGAGCUACGUUCUAGAAAACGAAAAUCGACUACAAGUUAUCUUGUUGGAUCCUCAAUCGAAACUAUCAAAGGAAAUUUCCGCUUAUGAAGAGAAAUUGAAAACAACAGCCAAUCAUUAUUUUGAACGUGCCUACGAGACGUUGAAAAAGUACAAGCUAGCAGAAAGUAAUUCUGAACAGCUUCUUCAAAUUGUGCACGACUUUGAUGAAUGCGAGUUCAGUGCAAUGAAUGUAUACUCAAAUAUUGAGACUUUUGUCUCAACGGGAAAGCGUGAGCUCAUUGAUGUUCAUGAAAGUGACGCGAUCUUUAUGAAAGCCAAAAUUUCGUUUUUUCCAAGUUUAGACGCACUUAACCGAUGGAUGGAUACAGAAAGUAAUAUCAAAAUACUAUUGUAUACUAAGGGAAAUUCUCCUGAUGGUGCAUUUCGUCGGCUUUUCAAUAUCAGCAAUGCUUUCCAAAAGCUUGGAAUUGAAAUUGGAAUUGCUUUACCAAGCAUUUCAAAUGAUUUUUCGUUGGUGAUCAAAAUUUAUGAAAAAAAAGAGACUUAUUCUUCAGAUGAGAUCCCUCGAAUCCUUGGAAUUAUAAGUGCUGCUGUAGAAACGAAUACAUCUAUUGAGAACCGAUUUUACACGCUAAAGGCAUCACUUUCGAGGAUCAGAUUACCACUUCAACCUGAGAACAUAUCGGACUUAAUCCAUUUAGUGUCUUUAUUACGAAAAGAUGAUAAAGUCUAUUUUGCCCAUUCAUAUAUGGAAACUCUUGAACGGAUUAGAUGCGUUCACUGUGAAGAUGCCCAGUGGAAGUUUUUCAUCUCUUUGGAUGCGUUAGACACUGCACUAGAUGCUAUUGGAAAUAUCAAUGUGUACGAAGCCUUUCCAGAAUGUGAAUGGGUUGUUGGCAAUUCAGGUGUUCAGGGUUUGCAUGCAGCUCCCCUCUUAUUUGUUUUUCGUCAGGGGGAGGUAAAGGCAGUCUGUUUGGAUAACCUAGAUGUUCUAAUCCUCGCUCAACAUUUUGAAGCUAAUGCUGAUCCUGAUUUAUCGGUCUUGUCUCCUGAGACUCUUUGUUAUUCAUUUUACCCUGAUCGAGCUCGCUUUGCUGUAGAAGUGAUUAAAAUUGUCAAUCAAUUUAAGGACCUCCAAUUAGAUUCCGCCAAUCUUGGAAUACCUUUAUUUAACCAAGUUCCAGAUCAAAGCUUGACCGACGUAUUAGAUAUUGCACGCGGUGCACUUUCGACAAAAGAUUUGCAUGUGAUUUCAUCAGUUGCUUAUAUCAUUGCUAGAAAUCAUAAUGAUUUAAUCGAUCUUUUGACAGAACAUGGAUGGAGUAGAACGGAAUCAAAAUUUGGCAUAAGAGCAAGUAGAACAGAAGGUUUGAAAUCGCUUUGCACUGGACUCGAAAAAUGGUUAAAAUCAAAAAACCCAUUUUUAGCAAAAGUCGAAUCCGCCAAGAAAACUAUCGAACAAGUUCACAUCAAUAUUGCGGCUGAAAAUUCUGAAGAAAUUUUUACGCAGGCUAUCGAUUCCAUUUUUACUGAUCCGCAGUGUCCGGCUAAUACAAGAACAAACAUCGAGAGUUGGAAGGAGUCUGAUUUCAAGUCACAAUGUUCGGGAAUGAUUAAUGUUUUGAACGAACUUUCUAUUAGUCUUGCUAAAGAACAAUUUUUUCAUGUAUUAGAAAUGAUUUCUCUUUUGAAACAAUCGUAUCAACCUUCCAGUUACGAAUUCUCCACAAAUGUCUUCAAUAACAUCAUUCAAAAAUAUAUUAAAAGGUUACCUUUCAAUCAAGAACCAUUCAAAAGUUGUCAGCAAAAGAUUACUGAAUUGAUCGGUUUCUUACCUGAACUUGUUUCACAAUUGGCAAAGUUGAAUUAUGAUCCUCGAUUAUACAAGCUGCAUCAAACAUUAAACAAUAUAAGCGGUUUCGACGAUGAAAAGGCUAUUAUGAAUUUUUUUGAUCUGUUAUCGGGCAAGCAAUUUGAAAAUGAAUAUUCCGAGAAACUCUGGAUGAAUUCUAGAUUUAUUUACUUGAUUCGUAAUUCACCUAUUGCGAUAGUAAGAGUUGCUUCGUUGUUGCAAAAAGCAAAUAUUAUGAAAUGGCCCAGUUACAUACCAGCGGAUAUCCAAGAACGCUUGAAUGAAUACCGGAACAAAAGUUUGGAGCAUGGAAAUAUUACAAUGCCAAAAAUAUUGAACGAUAUUGAUGAAGUGAUAAAGUUUUUUAAGCUUAUGAUUAACCAAAAAGAAAUACCCGGAGAAUUUCGAUUGUUAAUUAAUAAUUCCCUCUCAAAAAAUGCAGCAUUAGAAAAUUCAUUUGAGUCUGCUGAUGCCUUAUUUUAUUGGAAUAAAGAAGAAAAACAUUUAGAGGAACCUUGGGAUAUUAAAACGAUUAAAGAUGCACUUCAAAAACUUGUACAUUGGAAAAGGAAGUUGGAUACUGAACCAACCAUUGUUGCCAAUUUCAAUCUUGUUUUCGAAAGCAACGAUACGAAUUUCAAUGAAUUCGAUAAACAGGUGGUAAAUGUGCAUAAAAGGUGGAAGACAAUAAUGGGAGAGACAAUCUCAAUGAUUGUAACAAAAGACCAUGUUCAAGUAUGCGCGAUUAUUCCAACACCAAAAAUUGAUGCAACUCAAAAAAUAACCUGCAUGAACCAAGUUCUUCCCUAUCUUAUGCAAAAAGUAAAAAUGUGGGGUUGCUACGCGCUUACAGCAAAUAAUAUUUCAGCUUUAGUGAUGGUAGAACGAAAUAAUAUUAAUAAUAAAUCCGGUCCUAGUUUUGGGAAAUCUGUGAAAACACCUUCGUUUGUCCAAAAAUCAAAUAAUCACCCGCCACCAGCUUCGAAUGCUCUUCAAUCAAAGAAAAAUAUGCUGGCUAGAAUUGACUGUAUUGUUGGCUUACUUACCUCGGCUGAUUGCAUAGUGGCUCAAGAUAUUUUACGUAUAAUGGCCAAAUUUCCAAUGGCACUUCCUCUUGUGAUGCCGGAUAUGGAGCAGGAGAACGAAUAUAAACUGAUGCUCCCCCUUCUUACCGGCCCCAUAAUCAAAUGGGAAUCAAAACCUGGAGUAAUUGUUGAAAACCAUCUCUUCAAGAGCCCGUUUAGAUUACUUGUCGCUGUUCGACUUGGAGAAAACCAAAAAGCACCAGGAAAAAGUUCUAUAUUAAACCAGCUAAUGUUAAUAGAGCACAUGUUUUCUUCCAGCAGUGAGCCUGGCGCAGCACGAGGCAAACCGCAUACACUUUCUGGAAGUGUUGAAUUAUCUUGGCUUAUUCAAGAAACUUGCAGUGCCGGUCUAUGGAAAUCUGUCAUGCAACCCUACUAUGAAA